AUGUAUAAUGAGGUUCAACGGAAAGUUUACGAAGAAUUACAACAGGCACUCAACAUCUAUUUAACAACAGAUAUUUGGACUUCUCAAGCUAAUCAAGCUUAUAUGACAUUUACAGCACAUUUUAUUGAUUUGAAGAAUAAUAAAAUAAAAAAUGUUGUAUUAGUAAGAAGAGAACUUAUAAGAAAUCAUACAAUUGAAUGUGUUGUAGAACAAUUAGAAAAUACUUGUAGUACUUGGUCAAUUGGUGAGAAAAUCAUUUGUUUACUAUUUGAUACUUGUCCUACUAUGAGAAGAGUAGGAAUUGAAUUUGGAAAUAAUUUGAUUUUACUUAUAAUUUUAGACUUGUAAUAGUUAUUGAUUUAUAUAUAGAAUGGAUUGGUUGUGUCGAUCAUCUUAUUAAUUUAUCUACUAAUGUUAUUGUUCGAAAGGCAAGAUGAAAUGAAAAAUAUAUUUUCGAUAAUUUGAUACAUCGUCUUAUGUACUAGAGAUAGGGAUGUGCAGUAUCAGUAUACUGACCACCGAUAAAAUCGCACUGGCGUUCACCGGUACGGUGACGACACUGACACUGAGCGCACUGUCUGCAGUGACGCACUGACGCUGAGCGAACUGUUUGCAGUGAGGCACUGACACUGAGCGAACUGUUUGCAGUGAGGCACUGGCACUGAGCGAACUGUUUGUAGUGAGGCACUGGCACUGAGCGAACUGUCUGCAGUGACGCACUGACACUGAGCGAACUGUCUGCAGUGACACACUGACAGUGACCGUACUGUCUACACUGACACUAAUAUUCACUGAACCAGUGCAUACUAGGAGUGUCGUAUUAGCAUUAAGUUAAAAAUAAUGCUAAUGUAAAAGCAUUAGCAUGAACAGUUAAUGCUAAUGCUUUAGCAUUAAUGGCAUUAUUGUUAAUGAAUGCUUAGGCGUUAGCAUUAAUUUAGCAUUAUUUUUAAUGCUAAUGCGUAUAUGCAGAACAAUUCGAGACUGCUACCUUGCAUACUACCAUAACUUUUUAAGGGCUACCAUGGGGCACUCUUUGUAACUUUUCAAGGGCUACCAGGGGGCACUCUUUGUAACUUUUCAAGGGCUAUCAGAGGGUACUCUUGGUAACUUUUCAAGGGCUACAAAGAGAUACUCUUGAUAACUUUUCAAGGGCUACCAUGGGGUACUGUAGGUAAGGUUUCAAGGUCUACCUAGGGUACCCUUGAUAAUUCUUCAAGGGCUACGUAGGAUACCCUUGAUAACUCUUCAAGGGCCACCUGGAGGUACUCUUUGUAACUUUCCAAGGGCUACCAGGGAGCACUCUUUGUAACUUUUCAAGGGCUGCCUAGGGGUACCCUUGAUAGCUUUUCAAAGACUACGAUGGGAUAUGCUUUGUAACUUUUCAAGGGCUACCAUGGCGUACUUUAGGUAACUUUUCAAAGGCUACCAUGGCAUACUUUAGGUAACUCUUCAAGGGCUACCAUGGGGUGCCCUUCAGUGGCGUACGCAGGGGGCCAAGGGGCCCCGGGUCCCCCUUUGAAGACAAGUUCUCUGUGGGGGUAUGGGUAAAAAAAGUACUACGGUACAAAUUUUUGAAAAACUCCACUGCGGGUUCCUUCCUUGAGAAUUUGGACCUCUCCCUUGGAAAAUUUCUGCGUACGCCACU